GCUUAGGUUUUUUUUUCAUGUAAAUUCUUGCAUAAAGGAAAAGAAAGUUUGUGAUCACUGAAAAGAUAGAGAAGUAUCAGAAACAUUCUCAUGUUCCGAGCGACCGCAUUAUUUGUAGCAUUUGCUCUCUUGUCAAGUCUUUUUAACCUGUGGGUACAAGCGUUUAAAAAUGUCCAACAGAGAGCACAAACAAGAGAUCUGAACGGACUGUUAAAAAGCAAAUUCAUUACAUUCGCUCGCCAUGGGUUUGAAGAACACAACAAUUUCCGUACUCUUCAUCAUGUUGCACCCCUCAAAUGGUCAGACAAGUUAGCCAUACAGGCUCAAAAACUCGCCUACAAAAUGGCGCUCAAAGGAACCAUUCAGGUCCCGGGUAUUGAUUUGUUUGGCGAGAACAGAGCCAGGCUUUCCGCGGUUAAUUUCGACUGCGAGACGGCUGGUGAAGAAGCCACCAAGAUUUGGUAUAAUCAAGGUAGUAAUUACAGCUUCGCUGAUCCUAGGCUGAACAGCAAUACUGAUUCAUUCACUCAAGUUAUUUGGAAAGGAACCCGGGAUGUUGGAAUGGGUUGUGCACAGAGGAAAGGAACAUUAAGCAAUGAUAUAUUUGUUGUUGCUUUGUACUACCCUCCUGGAAAUAGUCCGCGCGCUCUUCGGGAAAAUGUGGUCAGUCCUAAUAAAAACGUUAACGAUGCAUAUUCGUCGAUAUUCCGAAGACGAGAUGAGUUAUCUAAAACCAAACGAACACGAAUUUUGACUCGAGAAAAAGAAAGACAAAAGCGCAAGAGACGAAAACGAGCUUGAACGUUGAUUCCUUUUUCCCUUCCCUCCGCCCCUGAAAAAGCUAUGGUAGGAAGAACGCCGUUUGCGCAUGCGCACAGAGUAACUCCCUUAUGAGAACACAUCCCCGUAUAGUACUGUAUAUGUCCGUUGUGAAAUGGCUUUGAAGUGUUUCGUUUCUUGAUCAACCACGGUGAUCAACACAGCAUUUAUUCACGCAGGCGAAUACAAGAUAACCCGUGAAACGAGGAUGUGGAAUUGGUCAGCAAGCAAGUUUUAGGAGUUAAUAAAGAAAAAUCAGUUCAUCGUUGGCAGAUUUCUUAAAUGUCUAGUGAACUUACCAUUUUCAAGUUCCGAUUGAAUGGAAUAAUUGUCCUUUGUCGUGAAUAUACAGACAGUCAACACUGCUGCAAUCAUUACAAAACACCACGGCUUAAGUGGAUAAUCAAUAAUGUCUGCGGGAAAUCUAAUUGAAAGAAAGCGGAUAAUCGAUGACCCUGACAAAAUGAUACGCCUACUUAAUUCUUUCUCAAAUUUAAUUAAAUUUAACGAUAUUUUCUUCGCAAUUUUUUUUUUUGUCAUGGAGGAUGUAUUUUUUUAUUUUUGCCCACCUGCCGCUGUUCCUCACAAGGGUAUACUUAAAAAAGCAUCACUGAUUCUCAAAGCACCAUUAAGAAGUAUCUAGAGAGCGACUGAAGCAGUAGUUAUGCAUAUAAACACUAUUUAAUGUCCUAAGAAAAAGGAUAGG